AUGGCCAUGGAUGCGCUGAAAAAUCUCUCGACAAACGUGCCUGACUGGCUCAAGCGCCUCGACAACCUCAGCGGCCAGAUCGACCGUCGUCAGGCCGAGCUGGCCGCUGUCGCCGCUGCCGAGGGCAAGAAUGCAGAGACCAAAUCCCUUCGGAACAAGGGAUCGACUGAGUCCCUCAAGCCCAAGGAUGACCCUCCUGUAGUUCACGCCGAACCCCCCGCUGGGGAUGCCAUUCUCGAAGACCCUACCAACACGGAGCAGCCCUCAGAAACUCACGCAGAGCCUCCGAAGCACACACCGAGCCCCGAAUCCAUCCAGCAGCAGCAAGAAGUUAUCAAGGCAGCGCGUGCCCGAGCACGAGCCCAGGUCAAGAAGAAGCCCAAGUCACCAUCCAUGAUGUCGAACGAGGAUGCCCCCCAAGCAUAUAGAACACGCAGCUUGAUCAUUGUCUUUUAUGAUAGCUAUGUACAAGGAUUCUUUGACGAGCUUGUGAGAUUUGUCUCGUCAAGCCGCAACCUGAUGCGCAAGGCCAAGAUGGCCGCCCGAGUUGCCCAGAUCAAGAAGCUUGCCGAGCAGGAUGUGUCAGAGGAUGGAAGCAAUGGCGAGGACGAGCUCCCCUCAUUGCGAUAUAUGAGCAGCAGACGAUUCGGUCCCAUGUCAAUAUCCCGAAACGGUCCCAACAAUGGACCACCCGAUGUAUACGACAACCUGGAUAAGGGCCUCGAAUUUGUGCAAAGCAUGUGCGAGCAUGGUGCCCACCAAUUCCUCCGCGACGGAGACUGCAACGACGAGAUCUCCAAGGUUCAGAAGCGACUCACCGAGGUCCUAGAGAUGGCCAAUAAGGAGAUGGAGCGUGUGCAACGUGAGGAGCCUGAGCUGGCAAAGGAGACGGGUGAGAUGGGCAAGGUUCGCACGAGAAGGCCCAUCAGCAUGCGCCGGGAUAUGAGCGUUGGCCUCAAGGAAGGCAGCCCGACACCUACCAAGGAGGAGAACAAGCUGGAGCCCGCCAAGGAGGAGCCAGGCAAGAUAGAAGCUGCCGAGCCAGCCCAAAUGGAUCUUUCAGCGCCGCUAGCAGUGGAUCCAGAUAUCAUGGAGGCCGACGAGGGUAUCGACAUGGAGAUCCCCAAGCUACAAUAUCGAUCAACCCGGGCGAUGCGGAACCGUGGACCAUAG